UAUGUUCCAUUUCGUCGUCAUUUCGUAACCUACGUUUGCCAUGGAGUCGCUUUUGAGGAAUCUCGAAAAAUAUGUCACUUGUUCGAUUUGUUUGGAUAAUUUAACCAAACCGAAGACCAUAGCUUGUCUUCAUACUUACUGCUUGAAGUGUUUGGAGGAACAUGCACUGAAAACCCAAAGACAAGGACAAUUUCGAUGCCCAGAUUGUCAAGCGGAAGUUAACAUCCCUGAAGGAAAUCGUUUCGAUGAUUUGCCGACUGGUUUUCUGCAAAACAGUUUGUUGAGUCUUCUCGCUGUACGACAAAGUGGCGAUGGAAGUCAGAUAAACUGCGCUAUUUGUAAGAAAAAGAGCGUUGAGAUCAGCUACUGCUUCGCUUGUGAAAAAUUGCUUUGUCGUGAUUGUGCAAACGCACACGAAUUGUUUAGAGAAACUGCCUUAAAAGGAUACAAAGUCACAGCAGUCAAACAGUUUCAACCUGCAGACUACGAGACAUUGUUGAAGCGACAAUCCUUUUGCUCUCAGCCUUACCACGAAAGAAAGUUAAUGAAGUUUUUCUGUCUUGAAUGUAAAGCUUGUGUUUGUCAAAUCUGCAUAAAUACUGAUCACAAGAGUCAUGAUGUUGAUCCGCUUGAAAAAGCAGCGGAUGAAACGAAAGUCAACAUCGUGGCGGCAGCCGAGUUGUUGAAAGAAAAGAGAGAAGUUUGCAACGAUGUGAUUCGUGAAUACGAGGAAGCGGCCUUUAAACUGGAUAGUAAUAUCAAGAGUGCUAAAUUUGAAGUCAGCCAAGCAGCAGAACAAAUGGUCGCGAGAAUUCGACAAUGCGAGCGAGAAGCCAUUACCACCCUCGAGAAUACACGCGUGUCGAUCAUGGACAAAUUAAAUUCCCUAACCAAACAAGUACAGUCUUUGGCCAAACAACUCGAACAAGCAGUUGAAUUCGCUGAUAACCUGGUUCAAAGAAGCUCAAUUUCAGAUAUCAUGCAAAGCAAGCAGAAUUUGGAGCAGCGUUUUGAAGAUCUAAAAAAAACCCAGAUCCCAUCAGCACUUCCGGUCAGUUCAUUUAUCAAGUUUGUCUCAACUAUUGCACCUGACAGUUUCAGCCUGGGUUUCGUGACAACCAAUGAAACAGAUGUACAUGGAUCCACUGUUGAAGGGCUCACUGAAAAUUUUCAGGCUGGUUUAGAAGCAGAGUUUCUGGUUUGUCCAAAACUGAAGAACAAUGGGGAACUCACAAGCAAAGCUGAAGGAAAAUUUCACGUUGAAGCAUUUGUUGAACCUUCUAUAGACGUGGCUAACUUGACUACCGUACACAAGGAAACUGAAAAUGUUAGGGUAAAGUUUGUCCCCAAAAUACCAGGCCCCUACAAUAUCACAGUGAAGAUAAAUGGAGACAAACUUGUUGAAAAUCCAUUUACAGUUCAAGUGAAAGAACGACGGAUUGACAUUCUGGGCGAGUUGCAAUUGAAAGGGGAAAUUCUCCAAAGGCCACAUGGGAUCGCUGUGAACAGUAAAGGACUAAUCGCAGUAACUGACAGCGGAAAACAUUGUAUCCUGAUAUUCGAUAAAGAAGGUAGUUUUGUACGAAAACUUGGCUGUCGUGGAGAGGGUCCUGGACAGUUCUUUAAUCCAACUGGAGUCACAUACCUGAAUGAUAACGAAAUUCUGGUAGCAGAUGAAUUGAAUCACCGCAUUCAACAAUUUAAUGUACAAACCGGGAACUUUGUGAAAAGCUUUGGAAAAUAUGGAGAAGGAGACGGCGAGUUUAAUCGUCCCGUAAACAUUUGUAUAAAUGAUGAAGGAAAUAUUGCUGUAGUUGACUCUUCAAACAGAAGAGUCCAGGUCUUUACAACAGAUGGUAAACCUGUGCCGAAAUUUGGAGAAAGCGGCCCUGGUAAGUUCACUGCUCCUACUGCAUGCAUUUAUCAUAAACAAAAGUUGAUACUAUCUGAUGGCUUGGGCGGUUGUUUAAAAGUACUCGACAGUACGGGGAAGUUUUUGUAUGAGAUUGGAGAAAAAGGCAAAGGUGAUGGACAGCUGUCAUUCCCUUGGGAUUUGUGUGUUGAGAAACGUGGCGAUCAUUCGAAUCUCCUGGUAUGUGAUAAAUGGAAUGGUCGCAUUCAACAGUUUACGAUGGAAGGUCGCUUUACUGGUAAAACUUUCGAGAAGUUAAAACAUCCAGUUGCAAUAGCCGUAACUCCAGAUGGUCGCAUUUUGGUAUGCGAUGGCAAUGCCAAAAAAAUAUAUGUCCUAAUAUGAAUGAUUAUAUUAUGGUUCCGAAAAUGGAAAAAUGUAAACAGGAAUGAGAAGAAAAUCUGAAACUCUCACUUUUAUGUACCGAACAGCAAUUUUUUCUCUGAAUUUUUGAUAUAUUAAUGAAAAAUAUUCAAUUCACCCAUCUGUAUUUCUCAAAUCAUUGAUAAGCCGUGGUUAGACCGAACUGUAUCAAUGAGUAGUGAAUUUGCUGGAAUGUUUACAAGUUGUUUAAAAAGAUUCGUAAUGCAACCUAUCUUCAAAAAUAUUGAAAAUGAACUCUGGCCGUCAUUAUGGAUGCAAGCAGGUGCGCCCGUGAUCCUCUCAACCAAGAGCACCGAAACUCCUUUGGACGAAAACUUGGCUGUCUUGGAGAGGGUCCUGGACAAUUCUUUAAUCCGACUGGAGUCACAUUCCUGAACUAUGACGAAAUUCUGAUAGCAAAUGAAAUGAAUUACCGCAUUCAACAAUUUAAUUUACAGACAGGAAACUUUGUGAAAAGCUUUGGAAAGAAUGGAGAAGGAAACGGCGAGUUUGAUAAUCCCGGAGAUAUUUGUAUAAAUGAUGAAGGGCAUGUUGUUGUACCUGACUUUUUAGCUAUAGAAUCCAGGUCUUCACAACAGAUAGUGAACCUGUGUUGAAAUGUGGAGAAAGCGGCCCUGGUAAGCGUGACAUUCCUGUUGGAUGCAUUUAUCACGAACAAAAGUUUAACAUUAUCUGACGAGGACGGUAGUUGAAAACUACUUGUCAGUUCAUGGAAGUUUUUGUAUGAGAUUGGAGAAAAAGACAAAGGUGAUGGACAGUUGCUCUGUCCACCACGAGAAAUGAAAAUCUGAAACAAUCACACCUAUAUACCGGACGGCAAUUUUUGUUCUGGAUUGAUUUUAUCAUAUCAGUUAACAAUAUUUCAUCCACUAACGCUGUUAACUCAAAUAUCAUUGAUAAAUCACCUUUAGCCCGUGCUAUAGAGGUGGUUAUGGAAAUUGUUGAAAUUUUCAUAAAUCACAAAAAGAGAUCCGUUAGGCACCUGGAACCUUUCUUCAAAAUAGUUUGAAAAUGAAAUUUUUCAUUGCUCCUCAGUAUGGCUGUUAUCGGGUGCCCCUGCAAUCCUUUCCACGGUGCGCACCAAAACUGCAUAGGAAGAAGCUAAGGCUCCUCUCUCUUUCCUUUAACUAGCACUUUAUUUUUCGCUUUU